AUGUCGAAGGGGAUCGCGUUACAAUUCAGAAAUAAAUUUAACAACGUACACAAAUUAAUAGACCAAGAAAAGAAAACCACCGAAAUUGCUUAUUUGAAAAACGGAAGUCAAUGGAUUUUAUACCUCAUAACAAAAAAUAAAUAUUACGAUAAACCAGCAUACACUAACAUUUUUAACACAUUAACUAAUACUAGGCAAUUUUGUAUAGAAAAUAAUAUUACUACCUUAGCAUUACCCAAAAUUUGCACUGGACAAGACAAAAAGGAUUGGAACGUUAUUUCUACCAUGAUCAAGUUUAUUUUUCAAAACACGCAAAUAAAAAUUUUAAUAUGCCUACUGCCGAGCAACGACAAUGAAAAUAAAUAUUAUAAAAACAAUGAUUCCCAAACUACUAAUAUUACGAUAGGUAAAAAUUUUAAUAACACGAUCAGUGAUAAUUUAAAGAACGAAAUCGCACUAAUAGAUGGCUCAUUCAGAAAAACGAAAGACGUACCCGGAGACGGUGAUUGUGGUGCCCACGCACUACGAAUAUGCUUGAAACAACAUGGUAUAUAUAGAAAGACGGUAGAAUUAUUAAAUAUGCUCGGCAUUCCUAAUUGCAAAUCUGGCUACUAUUUUAAAAAUGACGAUCUAGCAUUUAUCUGUGACCAAUUUAAUUUAAAUUUAUAUUUAAUACACGAAGAUUCCGAAUAUACAAAUGCCAUAAUAUACUGGAAAUCAAAUAGGAAAAUUAUAGGGAUAUUCGAAAAAGAUAAUAAUUGGACACCAGGAAUUAUCACAAAAAUAAAUAAACAACGUCAAUUCAAUAACAUAAUAAUAAACACAGUUUUUCCCGACUUUAAUACUGUAGAAAAAAAUGUAGACCAUUUCUUAUACGAAUGUUUCGAUCGCUUAAAAUUAUCGCAACAAAACACAAUAGAAAAAAAUAAAACCGGCAACUAUUUUAAAACUGACAAAUCAACAAUAUGGUACUCACAAUUUUGCCAAGACUGCGAAUAUUUGUCCACAACCACUACCAAGGACGUACUAGACGACCACGAUGACAAAGAAGAGUAUUGGAGUGAGGGGGGAAACGUUAUGUUUUGUGAAAUAUGCGGAAACUACAUAAGAGAAUAUCGGAAUCGGCCCAUACAAGAAGACGAGAAAGCCAUAGAAACCAAAAACCAGCUAAUUCAAAACAAAGACGAAAUUAAAAUCAAAAAUCAAAAUACAAGCGUAGAUUCAGACACAGACCGGAAACAAAGAGUGCUAUCCAUACAAAUAAAACUAGACGGCAACGAACAAAAUGCAAUAAUAGACACAGGCUCAAAUCUAUCAUGUAUAGAUUAUUCCCUAGUAAAAAAUAAACAAGAAAUGAAACCCGAGAACAAACACCAACAACGAAGACAUAAGAAAGUUACCGAAAACAUUGAUAAAAAUCCAGGAGGGCUUCGAGAAUCUUAUAAAUGUUAUCAAGUCCAUUGA